ACAACACAGCAUUCAGAAAUGAUGAUGCAGUUAUGUAUUUAAUGAAUUAAGCUGUUUUUAUUUUUCAAAAUACUGGGUAAAAACACAGUAUACACAUGUACUUUUGUAGUAAAGUUAUAUUGUAAUAUAUUAUUUACUUGGAAUACUAUACGCUAUAAUAAUGGUGGCUCAAUGAUGUAAUUAUGGGCAAAUUUUUAAACUUCAUUCUAAUUUCCUAACCUAUUAAUCAUGUUUUCUAAUUAUAAUUUAAAAAGUAAAGUAUAAAUUAUUUUAUUUCUUAAAAAAUAAUUAUAAAAUCUCUUAAAUAAUGUUAAAAUAGGUUAAUUGGGGAAACUUUUAAAAAUGGCUGUACUUUUGCUCCCUUUCUUUGCCAAUAUUUACUCUUGCUCUUUGUCUUUGCCACUAUUUAAUUUUGCUCUGUUUAAAACAGGCCAUUCAGAGAGGCAAUAUAGAAGUUGCAAGAAUACAUGCUGAAGAUGCAAUCGUCCAGAGGAACCAAGCAAUUAAUUUUUUGAGAAUGAGUGCUAGAGUUGAUGCUGUGGCAGCCAGAGUUCAAAUUGCAGUAACAAUGGGCAAGGUAACUAAGUCUAUGGCAGGUGUAGUCAAGUCUAUUGAUGGUACAUUGAGGAGUAUGAAUCUUGAAAAGAUUUCUGCCCUGAUGGACAAAUUUGAACACCAGUUUGAAACACUUUAUGCUCAAACACAACAAAUGGAAGACACAAUGAGUAGCACCAGAACCAAGUGGCUAUGCUGCUUCAAGAAAUGGCAGAUGAAGCUGGGUAAGAAAUUAUUCGAGUGCUUUUGGAUAAUGUUGAUUUAAUAUCUUUGGGUCUAAAAUUAUAUAAUGGAAAUAAAGAUAUUUGUCUUUAUGAGAAGUAGAGUUAGAUUUUUGACCCUAGAAUUUAUUGUUGGAAGAUCCUUUGAAGCAGUCAUCCAACAUUUUUCCAUGCUCAUAAAAUGUGGCUCUGCUUAGAUCAUCCUAAUAUCUUCUUAACAAUCUCUGGAGAUGCAUUCAUUUAGUUGUUGAUAAGAAAUGGAGGAAGGUAACUGAGGAGGGCAGGAGUUUUUAAACAUUUCCUCAAUACCUUCAGUAUCUUCUAUGUUCAACAUGUAUCAAAUGUUUGGAUUUUUUAAACUAGAUCUUCCAAAACAAUUUUGCUGUGAUUGGGCCAUUAAGUUUUAAGCCCAGUUUGAGUCCUGAAAUCUGAGAAAUAUGUGCAAAAUAUUCAAGGGGUUCAAAAGAUGUUAACAUUACAUCAUUGCAGAUGGUCUUUUUUAAAAAUGUAAAUGACACCCUUUCUGGUACUGCUAUUAGAAAUAGAGUUUGUGUUAACGGGAUGUUUAUUUCAGGUCCUUCAUGUUUGAGGGGAAUAAGUUGAUCAUGAUAAUAUCUAUGCUAUAGAAGUCAUGUUAUAUCAUUAGUCUCUGGUAUAUUGUUUACUUCAAGAAAACAUUGUAUUAAAGAAUAAAAAUACAUUUUUCAAACACAUAGAGUAAAACUGGGUGAUACUAAAUUUUAUACUUUAUCAUCAAAGGUAGAGUAAUAGAUUGAAAUAUAGUUUAUGUACUCUAUUAUUUUCUCCUGGGAAGAGAAGAUUUGAAGACAGGUGGAAAAUUUAAUUGAUGAAUAUUAUUCUAGUGUCUAAUGCCUGAUUAAUAUGAACAAUUAAGUUUAUCGGCUCCUUAUAUCACUAAUGAAUCUUUAGUAAAAUUAAAACACAGGUUAGUAAAUCAGGUUUGCAGUAUUUGAGAAAAGAGCUGGGGGUUAGGUAGUACAGUAUUUGGCUUUGUUAGUAUCCUGAUGCAGCCCACAUAUUGACAGGCAGGUAGCAGGAAUGGUGACUUUUGUUAAGUAUUAUAAAAGAUACCAAGGUAUUGAGUAUCAGAAGACUCCAUCUUAGUAGUAUGAGGCUAAGGACUUGUUUCUGUUCCUACCAAAGACUAAAUAAGAAGAUUGGGCUUGAAAAUACAGCAAGAGAGGUAUUGUAAAAGGGACAUUGCCACAUUAUAGCUUUCCUGACCUUCAGUGGAAAACCAAGUUUAACAGACAACUUUUUGAUAAGAUUUAGAGAAGGAUUUCUCAACCUCAACACUAUUGACAUUUUGGGCUAAAUGUUGUGUGAAUUAGUGGGAUGUUUGGUAGCAUCACUGUUCUCUACCCACAAGAUAAAAGUAGCAGUAUUGGCAGUAUAAAAUGUCUCCAGACAUUGUCAAAUGUUCCUUAGGGGUGGGAGGUCAAAAUUAAAAGAGAUGAGAUAUAUCCAUAAUGGGUGGUGACUGGAGCAGUAGAAACAGGUAGACCACUGAUGUCAAAAUACUAAUGCCCAUCCUUAAAGAUGUUUAAGUAUCCAAAUUUUGUUUCUUUGUGAUUCCCUCAACAAAAUUUAGCAUAGCAUAUCUUUCUCUUUUAAAUAAUAAUCUAUCUGUAGAAUCUCCUAAUGACUGCUAAAGUUACUCUAUUUUCAGUAGUGUUUUCAAAUUGGUUUGCAUACAGUAGUCCAGAUACAGACAGAAAGGCUAGUUUAUAUCCUGGAGGAGGAGUAUAAUAGAGAUUAAAAUCAUGGGCCUUGGAGGCAGACAAACCUGGGUUCAGAUCCUAUCUAUCAUUAGAGCAAUCUUGGACAAGUGUACUUAACUUGUCUAAACCUCAGUUCUAUAGGUAGAUGCAAUUAAUGAUUCCAACUAACUUGAAGAUAGUUCAGAUAUUAGGUAUGAAACUUGAAGCUAUAUUUGUCUAGCCUGUUUUAUCUUUUUUAGGUAUAUUAAUUUUCCUUCAUAGUAGGAGAUAUAUAGUAAUCUCCAGUAAAUUAAAUACAUUGAAUGACUAUUGUGUUUGUCUUUUAUUCAAAUGACCAGAUCAUUAUCCUCUUUGUUGGCUUUUUUAUCGUAAGAUUAUCAUCCACAUGG